AAACUAAGCUAAUAUUAGCAAUUCCCAAAUGGAUAAUAUUUAUAUAUUUUUGUUGAUGUGUUUUCUGGUUGAUGCUCACCCAAAUGCCAAAUCAAAUGGGUAUGCAUUUUCAUUCAGCCACUCCUUGUUUCUUUAGAUUAGCAAUUGUUACCGUAUUUCUUCUCAAUAGAGUUGGUUCGGCGGUACCAAGUUCAGGUCCUUCUCCAGGUCCAGUUCCAUCCUCCUCCCCAAACUCACCGGAGGCCUACCUAAAUAUGCACAACUUGGAUCGGGCAGAAGUUGGUGUUAGGCCUAUGACUUGGGACAAGGUGGUGGCGACGUAUGCACAAAAUUUUGCCAAUCAAUUGAUCGGAGACUGUAGUCCUCGCAGUUCAGAUGGGCCUUAUGGAGAGAACUUUGCAUGGGGAUCGGACAACAGCCACUUCUCGGGAACAGACGCAGUAAAGAUGUGGGGUGGUGAGAAGGCUGACUAUGACUUUGAAUCGAACACCUGCGUUGCGGGAUAUAUAUGCAGCCAUUACACUCAGGUCAUCUGGGGGAGCUCAAUUCGUCUUGGUUGUGCAAGAGUAAUAUGCGAAAAUGGUGGGGCUAUUGUCGUUUGUAACUAUGACCCUCGUGGAAACCUGCCCGGCCAGCGCCCCACAGGAGGAGGAAAUCAAUCAACACCGGUAGCAACACCGGUAGCAACCCCGCCAAGCUCUCCUGUUGCAGACCCACCAACAAUUCCUUCAGGGAUAAAUAACCCUGGAAUACCAGUUGGGUCAAUUGUUGGGGUAUGUGUUUUUCUUUCUGGUUUAGGUUUUAUACUCUUCUUUUGCUGGAGAAAUGGGAAAGGUAGUUCACUAGAUGAACUUUCCUUUGAUGUUUCAUUCGGUGAUGAAUUUGGCAAUGGCAUGGGACCUAGAGAGUUCUCCUACAAUGAAUUGUCUAUAGCAACAAAGAAUUUUGCGGCAGAUGAGAAGUUAGGUGAGGGAGGAUUUGGGUCGGUUUAUAAAGGUUUCUUGAGGGAUUUAAAUACAAAUGUUGCAGUUAAAAAGGUUUCAAGGAGAUCUAAACAAGGAAUUAAGGAGUACUUAUCAGAAGUGAAGAUUAUUAGUCGAUUAAGGCAUAAGAAUUUAGUAAAACUUAUAGGUUGGUGCCAUGAAAAGGAGCUCUUACUCGUCUACGAGUUCAUGCCUAAUGGCAGCCUCGAUGCCCAUCUUUUCAAAGGAAGAAGUCUAUUACCAUGGAAGCUUAGACACAAAAUUGUGCAAGACGUGGCAUCAGCAUUAUUGUAUUUGCAUGAAGAAGGAGAUUUUUGUGUGCUUCAUAGGGAUAUUAAGACAAAUAACAUUAUGUUGGAUUUCACUUUUAAUGCAAAACUUGGAGAUUUUGGAUUAGCCAGGUUAGUUGAUCAUGAAAAAGGAUCACGAACAACUUUGUUGGCUGGAACCAUGGGAUACAUUGCUCCUGAGUGUCAUAGAACAGGCAAAUCAAGUAAGGAAUCAGAUAUCUACAGUUUUGGAGUUGUAACACUUGAAAUUGCAUGUGGAAGAAGAUCACUAGAGCCUAGGUAUGAUGAGGAUCAAGCCUCAUUAGUGGCUUGGGUGUGGCAGGCUUAUGGUAACCAAAGGCUUCUUAACGUGAUUGACAAGACACUUUCUGAAGAUUUUGAUUUGAAGGAAAUGGAAUGUUUGUUGAUUGUUGGCCUAUGGUGCGUGCAUCCUAUUUACAGUAUGAGACCGUCGAUCGAGCAAGCAAUACAAGUGCUUAAUUUUGAAGCACCACUGCCAAAUCUUCCAAGUGAGAUGCCUGUUCCCAAGUAUAAUAUUCCUAAUACUCCAACCAUCAAAAUAAGUGAGCCUUGUUUGUCCAAAAUGAGCAUUACUGUACCUCGCUAAGUUUCUUACCUUACUUACUGCAAAAUUGAUUUCAUAAUAAAUAAGUGUAAUGUCCCCCAAGCUUGGUUAUUGUCACACAAAAAUGAUUUAUGCUUGGAUUUUUUUUUUUGAAAAUAUAAUUGAUAAUAGAUAAAAUAACAUAUUUUGUGUCCAAGAAUCACAGUCGUCCUCCACAGCCUUUUCUUUUGUGAAUCCUUUGUUUUGUUAAGUCCUCUGUUGUGAAGGGAUUGCAAAUUACCAACAAAACAGUAAAUUACAUUAGCUUUU